UGCAUCACCAUCUUCUAAGCUUCAUACUCAACGGUUCUUUUUCAUUUUUAUCACAUUUGAUUCAUUCAUUAUUGAGAUAAUCGAAGGAUAUGGAUUUGGGCUGCUUGGAUUUGGGUUGUAUUGAAAAGCAAAUCAGUCAAAGCUCUGGUGAUUCAGAUAUAAACCCUAAUGAUUAUGUGCCUUCAACUUCGAAGCCUCCAAAGAAUAAGGUGUUGAAAGAGGCAAAUCAACCAAGUCCACAUGCUCUCAACAGAUUGACAGGUCUGAUUAAAAAGCCUCGUCGAAAAACUUCACCUCUCAGCUGGUUUCCACGCAAGAAAGGGGAUUCCUACCUAAAGAGAAAAUUAAAAUUACUUCAGGAAGUAGAUGGCAUGAACUCAACUCUCGACGAGACUCUUGGUGACACAAAUCCCCAUUUCUCAAAAGUGCUUAGAGAAAAAAUUGCUGUCAGAGAAGCUGCUCACAAGGUAAUAGAGGCCCGAAAAGCUGCAUUGGUUGAAGCAUCCUGGUGUCGGAUACUUCGAGCAGCCAGGAUUGAGAGUAAAGAAGCAGAAAGCCUUUUGGUGAAAGCAGAAAAAAGUGCGGCCGAAGCUUUUGAAUCUGCAAAAGAAAUUGGAGUAAUCAUGUAUGAAAUAUCUGACUGCCCAAGGAAGCAUUGCAAAAUAGAAACAUCUGCAGUAAGUGGAGGAGAAUCUACCACUGCUACUCAUACGGUUACAACAACUUUCGAUACAGCAUUUGAGGUGGAUAAACAAGUCGCAGCUGCUGUGAAAGCUGCAUUCGUCAGGCUCUCAAGUAGCGCCUCCAUAGGCAAAGAAGAAUUUAAAGAACUGCUGAAAAGAAUUAGUCAGAAUCCUGAUUUAGAUGAAAGCUAUCAAGAUAUAUCCGAAAGUGAAUCAGAUGCUGGGCCUGAUUUUGAAUCAGGAUCCCAGAGAAAUGAGGAGAUGGAAUCGUCUAAGGAAAAACAGAGGGAAAACCUUGUUGACAUGAUGUUGGUAAGACUAAGGUGUUUGCAGGAAGAAGAACUUAAUUCUCUUGCUACUAUAGUUGCAACAUGUGGUCUGAAUGCCGCUCUAGCUGAAGCUGAAAACACUUUUCCAGCUUCAGGUGUUAAUGGUGGGCGUGAUUUGUUCAAAGAAGGAAGAACAGUAAACAGUAAUGCUCACGAAGAGCUUCCAGGUCUCGACAAGUUUCUAGUGAAACGCUUGACCAGACUUGAAAGAGAGAUACAAGAUGCAAAGAGUGCUAGAACAAAAGAGGCAGGAGAUAAAUUACACAGUGAGGAGAAAAAGGUCAGUUCAGGAUCGGAGAAGGAGAUUGAAGACGCUAAAAAGAACAUAGUUGAUAAAGAUAACAAGAUUUCCAAAGAGGCCCAGAUUGUUUCUGACUUGGGAAGUAUGCUAACAAAGCAUACUUCAAAGCUGGAGAAAGAGAUAGAAGAGAGUAAAAGGAAGUGUGGGAAUGAAUAUGAGCCAAAGUGGAAGAGAUCUGAAAGAUUGAAACAAGAAACAAAAGAAAUACCAAGCCUAGGUGAGGUUCUGGUGAAGCGUGUCUCACGACUUGAAAGAGAGGUCCAAGAAGCAAAAGAAAAAGAAAACGUUGACAUGAACAGACAAAGGGGAGUGAAGGAAAAGGAAACAAAUGGUGUUGAGAGCUUGGAUAAGGUUUUAGUAAAGCACGUUUCAAGACUCGAAAAAGAGAAAAUGAGCAUGGAAGAGGAAGUAAAGGUGAAACGGAGGGACAGAAAGUCCGAGUUGGAGCAGAGUGAAGGGAGUUUGGACCAAAUUAUGGUGAAGCACAAGUCACGACUGGAGAGGGAAAAGGUGGGUGGCGGUGUGCAGGAAUCCAACAACCAGAUGAAGAACCCAUUGGUCGCUAAGCGAGAAGCAAGGGAGAAAGAGUUGCAAGAAGCAUGGGGAGGCAUGAGUUUUGGAAAUUCAAUACGUCCACAUCUCUCUAGACUUCAAAGGGACCAGGCUGCAUGGCGUAAAGCUGAAGAAGAGGAGCGGAGAGGGACCGAGGAAGCCAAGGUGGUUUGA